AGAGCAGUUCUUACAAACCUGCUCUCAGGUUGAUCCAUCAUCUGAUAGUCAUAGGUUAAACAUAACUCUAGAUAAGAACCAAGUGGUUGGUUUUUCUCCACCAAUCCGCGGUUUGGUCUGCCGUCAAAUGGAUUCUAAAGUGAGGAUUGCAAACCCUAGCACGGGCCAGUUCGUAACGUUACCUAGAGUCAAAACUACAAGAAAAGGUAUAUUAUCCCUUUUUGGGUAUGAUCCAGUGAAUGAUGUAUACAAAGUGUUGUGCAUGACGAUACUGCAAGGUCGUCAAAGACGUCAAUCACAAGUUGUGUCCGAGGAGCAUCAAGUGUACACUCUAGGAGGUCAACGAAAAUGGAGAAUGAUUGAAUGUAAGCAUCCUCAUCUUCCUCCUCCUCUUAAUGUUGUCACUAAAGGGAUAUGCAUAAAUGGGAUACUAUAUUAUUACGCUUGGAUAAAAAGUGAAGCAUCCUUGAUAAGCUUUGAUCUGAUAUCUGAAGAGUUUAAUGCCAUUAAGUUACCUGAGGAUAUCCCAUGCGUGGUGAAUUACACUGGAAAGGUAGCUAUAGCGAGUUGGCCUACCCGUAAUGGCGAAGUUCACCUGUGGAUUCUAGAAGAUGCCGAUAAACAAGAAUGGUCAAAAGUUUCAAUCGUUGUUCCUUCUUGGAUAGAUUUAAUUGACAUUCAUCACGGAUACAGAUUCAGGGGUACACUUAGUACUGGCGAGCUUAUAUUUUCACCUUGGACCUUUCCCAUUAACCCGUUCUAUUUCAUCAGUUACAAUCUCAAGGAAAACAUUGCCAAGAAAGUUGUGGUUAAAGUACUUGGAGAACCCGAAGCUUCUCGCACAAUCUAUUUUGAUCAUGUAGAGAGUCCUAUAUUCUGUCAAAUGUUAAACAUAACUCAACACCGUAUGCAUGUGUAUGCUUUUUCUCCACCCAUACGCGGCUUGAUCUGCCGUCAAAUGGAUUCUAAAGUGGUGAUUGCAAACCCUGGCACGGGCCAGAUCUUGACGUUACCUAGAGUCAAAACUAUUAGAAGAGGAGGUCAUCAAAGACGUCCACAAGUUGUGUCAGAGGAGCAUCAAGUGUACACUCUAGGAGGAGGCCAACAAAAAUGGAGAAUGAUUGAAUGCGAGCAUCCUCAUCUUCCUCCUCCUCCUUCUUAUUUAUCUACUAAAGGUAUAUGCAUAAAUGGGAUACUAUAUUAUUAUGCUUGGAUACAAAAUGAAGGAGCCUUGAUAAGCUUUGAUCUGAUCUCUGAAGAGUUUAAUGCCAUUAAGUUACCUGAGGAUAUCCAAUGCGUAGUGAACUACAAUGGAAAGAUAGCUAUAGCGAGUUUGACUACCAUUAACGGUGAGGUUCACAUAUGGGUUCUAGAAGAUGCCAGUAAACAAGAAUGGUCAAAAGUUUCUCUCGUUGUCCCUUCUUGGAUAGAUUUAGUUGGAAAGAAUGGAUUCAGGUUCAGGGGUACACUUAGUACUGGCGAGCUUAUAUUUUCACCGACUAGUUGCAUUAAGCCGUUCUAUUUCAUCAGUUACAAUCUCAAGGAAAACAAUGCUAAGAAAGUUGUGGUUGAAGGAAUUGGAUAUCCCUAUGGUUCUCUCGAAGUCUAUUUUAAUCAUGUAGAGAGUCCUGUGUUUCUGUCAAAUUAAGUUUAUCCGUUUUGUGUUGUUUGU